AUGUCAGUGCUCACUAUCGCUCGCACCGCUGCCCGCGCAUCGCGCGUGUUCUCCGCCGCGUCACUCUCGUCGCAGGCGAAGUCUCUUCAUACCCUUCCCGACCUUCCAUAUGACUACGACGCACUCGAGCCGCACAUCUCUGGCCAGAUAAUGAAACUGCAUCACCAGAAGCACCACCAGACGUACGUAAAUGGGCUCAACGCGGCUGAGGAAAGCUACGCUAAGGCGACGACGCCGAAGGAGAAGAUCCUCCUCCAGCCUGCGCUCAAGUUCAAUGGCGGUGGACACAUUAACCACACGUUAUUCUGGAAGAAUCUUGCGCCCCAGUCCCAAGGUGGCGGCCAGCUCUCCUCUGGCGCUCUAAAAGAUGCAAUCGAGGCAGAUUUCGGCAGUCUUGAUGAGCUCAAGAAGAAGCUGAAUGCCGCAACUGCUGCCAUCCAGGGUUCUGGCUGGGGAUGGCUAGGCUACAACCCGAGUACGAAGAAGCUUGAGAUCGUUACGACUGCAAACCAGGACCCUCUUCUUUCACACAUCCCUAUCUUCGGCAUUGAUAUCUGGGAACACGCCUUCUACCUCCAAUACUACAACGUGAAGCCUGAUUACCUCAACGCCAUCUGGAAUGUCAUCAACUUCAAGGAGGCUGAGGCACGUUAUCUUGAGGCCUCCAAGUAG